AUUCGUGCGCUCAUUCAAGCGCGCUCCCGAGUUCCUCAGAGCGCACAACGCGCAGGAAUGGCAGCGGCACGAGAACGAGAUUUAAUGCAAUAAUUCAACAUUUCCCGUGAAUUCCCACGGACGGGGCUUUGGUGGAAGUAUUCAGAGGUCUUCUUAUGUCCCUUUCAGCACUUUUAUUUGAGUACUCCGUCUCUCUAGUUUCUAAAUCCAUGGCUUUUGUUUGAGAAGACAGGACAGUGGAGAAUAACCGGGAAAGAAACACCCAAAUUGUCCGACCGUCUCUAUCUGGGAAAGUGAUUUAUUGGUCUCCUCGACUGCUGAAGGAUGUCGUCUGCACGGGUUGAUUAUAUCGCUCCUUGGUGGACUUACUGGCUUCAUCAGUUUCCUCAUGUGACUCUAAGGUUUCAGCCGUUGGAUCACACGUUUAAACCGCAGGAUGAGAACUACCAGCAGUCGAUCAUCUUCCUGGGCUGUGUAGCAGCAGCUGGGCUCGGUGUGAACCUGCUGUGUCUGGCCAUCUACCUGAGCUGCCUGUGCUGCUGUCGGAAGGAUGAGGAGGAAGAGGAAAGUAAGAAAUCCAACUCUUGCUGUGUCACUUGGGCUGCUGUUGCUGCUGGACUCAUCUGCUGUGUUGCCGUGGGAGUUGGUUUCUAUGGAAACAGUGAAACCAAUGAUGGGGUGUACCAGCUGACCUAUUCUCUCUAUAAUGCCAAUCACACGCUGACGGGAGUGGACAGUUUGGUUACUGGUACUGUGGGAGGCAUGCAGAACGGCCUGAAUGAGCACUUGUCUCGAUUGGGCGAGAUCUUUGCCACACGUGGAGACUUUGUGCAGACACUGCAGUUCAUGCAACAGAUGUCAGACAACAUCAUUAAGCAGCUACUUGGGCUUCCUGACUGGGAAAAGGCAAAAGUAGACCUGGCAGCCAUAGCUGAUCAGACAGCAUACGUGGAGUAUUACAGGUGGUUGACGUACCUACUGAUACUGAUCUUGGAUCUGGUCAUUUGUCUUGCUGCUUGUCUGGGUCUGGCCAAACAAUCCCGUUGGCUGCUCACUACGAUGAUGGUCUGCGGUGUUCUGACUCUGAUACUGAGUUGGGCAUCUCUCGGAGCUGAUGUGGCCACUGCAGUGGGCACAAGUGAUUUUUGUGUUGCACCAGACAAAUUUCUGAUGAACCAAACAAAAGACGUAAUCAGCUCAGAUAUUGUGCAUUAUUACUUAUACUGCAGCCAGACGCUCCCCAACCCAUUUCAGCAGUUUGUUUUGCAGUCCCUGACUCUCUUCCAGAGAUCGCUGACCACCAUGCAGAUCCAGAUCCAAGGUCUCCUGCAGUUUGCAGUGCCUCUGUUCCCCACAGCUGAGAGGGAUUUAUUGAGUAUUCAGCAUUUAUUGAAUAAUUCAGAGGCCAGUCUACAUCAGCUCACUGCACUUCUAGACUGCCGAGGACUCAAUAAGGACUACCUGGACGCUCUGAUAGGUGUGUGUUAUGAUGGUGUGGAGGGAUUGCUGUAUCUCUGUCUGUUCUCUCUGCUGGCGGCCUGUGCCUUCUCUGUCAUGCUGUGUGCCAUCCCGAGAGCGUGGCGACAGAUUGCCAACAGAGAUAGAGAUUAUGAUGACAUUGAUGACGGGGACCCGUUUAACCCUCAGAGCCGGCGAAUGACAUCCCACCAUUCACAACAGGGCAACAUGCACAGCUUCUGCAGCUACAGUAGCGGCAUGGGCAGCCAAACCAGCCUGCACCCUCCAACACAGACUGUGACCAACGCACCUCUGUCAGAAUAUAUGAACCAGUCUGCGCUGUUUGGAGGAAACCCGCGCUAUGAGAACGUGCCACUGAUUGGGAGGGGAUCUCCUCCUCCUUCGUACUCUCCAACCAUGAGAGCCACCUACCUCUCCAUGACCGAAGACCAGAUCAGACACUUUGGGGAGGAUUUCCGAGCGUAGAACUGAUCUGUUUUCCUCUGGUGUGAGUCUUUACACGUUGGAAAUAUGGACACAUGGAAAACUCUCAUGCCAGCAUGUCUGCCCGCCCUUCUUUGUGUUAAAGGAGCUCAGUCUGAGAGGAAAACGGCAUUUUAAGAGCACUCUGUGCGUGUCCAUACAGGUUCUUGCAUGUCUGUGUGUGUUUGUCCAUUAUUCUGAUGGUGGGAUGCUUUUUUUCUCUCACUAGUGACACAUUUGUGAGGUGCUGAAAUAUCCUCUCUCUAAUAACAGUAUGUUUACACCAUAUUUUCAUUAAAUAGACUGUUGUCUUCCCUAUUGCCUUUCUAGCUGCAGAAACUGUUUGACGUGGGUGACAAAAACUUUUUUGAACCCACUUUAUAUUAAGUGUCUUUAACUACCAUGUACUAAGAUUUUCAUUUAUCAUUUGAUGCAGUGCACUUAUUGUGUCUUUACCUGUACUGUAAUUCAUUUCUGUGAUUGCAUCUGCUGCAUAUAUAACACUAUUAACCUUCCUUUAAAACUUAACAUAUCAUGAAAAUCAUGUAAUUUAUUUUCCGCUUUAUUUCAAUAACUGAACAUUAUUUUUUAUUAAUUUUAGUUAACAAUAACAACACUGACAAAUAACAAUUGGUUGUUUUUUUUUCAUAAGUACAUAGUAGUGAAAGACGACUAAUAUAAAUAUAGUGGGACCUCUAUUUUUUAGGCAUAAAAAUUUAGCAUUUUUUCUUACCUGAGUGCAUAACCUUAUAAAAGUUACCUAUUUGUCAUUUUAAAGAUUUUGUACAUAUAAGUGUGGACACUGUUUGAAGUAUAAAUAUUCUGUCCAUUGGACAUUUAGUCCUACAUGGUGUGCAGCAUUGCUAGUAUCAGCAUAGUAGGUUUGCUAGGUACUUUUCUAAGCGGUUGUUCAUGAACAAGUGUUUUUUAGCUACUGUGCAGUGGGGGCUUCAUGGACAUGCCAUCACUUUUUAUGAUGGCUAACUGUACAGAUGCAUCUUCUUUUGUUGAAGUGAAGCUUCUUUUGUUUUCUAAAUGUGUUUUGUGCCAAGAAUGGAAGCAUGUUUUGUGCCUCUAAAGCCUUAGUUUUCUUUAUUCGUUGAGCGACCGCUGAUGUGUAUCUAUGGGAGAGGGCAAUAAAAGCUUUUCUGUUUCUGUUUUGCAUGUAGAGGCAUUUUUUAGCACAACGUGAUCACUUGAAGUGACCGAACAUACCGUUGAUUUGUUCCACAAAUGAUGUUUCGGGCAUCCUGAGAGAUGUUCACCUCAUUUCCAGCAGGCAAAAAUGAUGGGCCAUUUUACUUGGAACUUUAAAUCUUUUUAUAUCAACUUGAGCGAGAGCACACUGAGCCAUUUUCUUCACAUGAUUCAAAAGGAUAUGCUUUGUAUUAACCUGUUGAGCAGCUGUAAAUAACCUGUAUGAUAACUGAUGUUGUGUGAUGAUUUGUAUUUCUUUCUUUGCUCCGUUCUUGUGUGGCAUUUUAUUGCUUAAUAAAAUCAGCUACUUGGACA